GCUAUCAUAAGCUUUAAUUAGCGCCGCAAUGGACUCCAAACACAAACUAUUGCUGAGUCCAGUCAUUGACGACAAUACCAUUGCUCUCAUGAAUCACUCGAAGACUGUUUACUUGCGGUUGAAGUUAAGGCAAGUGGGUGCAAAUGGUCGCAGGAGUGGUGUGGAGUUUAGACACAGUCCUGAUGGAGCGGAUGAUGUGUUUGUUGCUCUGUUCGACGACAAUGACAUCGACUUUGAGAUACGAUUCGACAACAGAUCCACUUAUGGGCGAAGAAUGGCUUUUACUAUAACUUACGGCAAAGAGUAUAAAUACAUCAUAAGUUCAGGAUUGUCAUCACUCCGAGCAUUGGAAGCCAAUGGCAAUCACUUGCGGUUCUUGAGUCCUAAUAAACCGAUGGCUAAUCUGGUGGUGGAUCUCGUGGCACAAGAAGUGUCGAUGACUCGUGAGAACGCAGAGAUCCUGUGCUCACGGAUUGGAGGUGCCUUUGGUUUUGGAGAUAAGACUGACCAACAGUUUCUACGCAAUCAUAAGCAAUUCAUUGCUGACGAGGAGUUUCAGAUCAAACCGUUUGUCAUUGAACUCAGGAUUAGAGACAAUGAGACACUUCUCUGUCCUUUUGAAAUGCUUUCAUCCAAUUAA